AUGAAGCCUCACGACCGUUACGGCUACGCAGAGGCCCUGUCUGCAAGGAUGACGAAGUUCGCGGAUGGGGAAGUUUGGCACAUGGUUGCUGAUGACGACGAAGAAGACCGCAGCAUCAGUAUGGAAGGCUUCAGAUUCCCAGAUCCAGUUCCGAGGCAGCAGAUAUCGACGGUGUACUUGGAUGAACAGGGCAUUCUUGGACACAGCCUUAGUGGUGAGGUCUUGUUCCAGAUAAAGCGACGUCGCCUGCAGGCUGAGGUGUUCACCGCUGGAAUGCUCUUGGAACUUAUCGCAGGUGAGCUCGGGUGCGAGGCCGGAAUUCUGCUCCAGGAUGGCCGCGAGCUAUCCAUGUCCGACCCUGUCUAUGCAGAAGGAGUUCUGACGCUGAAGCAGACAUUUCGGGACUGUCGACCCCUGCUUUGCCGAAAGGUCCCUUAUUGGUGGUAUUGUGCUCCAAACUUCGUUGGCGGUGAAGUUCGCCCGGACUUUGACGACAUGUUGGAACCCGUCCAGACUCUUAAGGAGUGGCGGACAUGGGUGACCAGGACCAGUGGGGAAGACCCUUGUUGGAUGGUUUAUACCAAACGCGAAGUCAUAUCCUACGAAGCAUGCAGAAAUGAGCCGUUGAAGCCCUUCGGAUAUUUCCCUCACGCACCUUGCUGGAAGCUCCCGGUAGGAACCAGGCAGUGGGGAGGUGAGCGAAGUGAUGUCUGGAGUACUUGUCUACAGCUGCCGGUGAGACGGCUGUUGGAUGAGCACGCAGCCUCAACGCUCGACAGGCCGAUACCCCGCUACCAGAUGAUCGUUGAUCCCAACCAGUUCGUUCAUGAGGCGGCUGAGGGUCCCCUGUGGGUGCCGUGCGAGUUUGAUAUUUCUGCAGCUGGCACUCCAUCAUUGGUGGGUGGUGUGCGAAGUCACGCGUAUCCACACCUUGCCCAGCAUGCUGCCCUUCCGGUCCUCUCUGCAGCUCUGCCGUUGUUGGCGAAGCUGCGUCGACCGCAGCUUCUCCUGGAUGAUCGGCGGCUGCAAGUUGUGUUUAAGGCACAGCGUAUAAUUGUUCCAGGAAAUACUGGUGACAGCUCGGAUACAGACUACGUCGGUCUUUGGCAUGUCGAUGGCCACAGGGAGAAUGUCGCUGCCGUCGUACUGUACUACUACCAUGUUGACCCGUCUCUUCGUGGUGGUGACAUGGAGUUCUGUGGCCGCGAGCCCAUGGAUGUGUUGGGGUACGGCGAUUGCAGGGUCAACAUCGAUGAAUUGGGAUCGGAGUCCCUGCGACUGGCCUUCCGAGGUACACGCAAGAGUGGCACGUCUACUGCGGUGCAGAACUGCCGGGUUCCAGUUGGCGAGGGCACCCUUCUGGUGUUUUCGAACUACCAGAUGGCACACCGGGUACUUCGGUUGAAAAACACCUGUGCGACAGAGGCCUCACGCGACUUUGUGGCACUCUUUGUCCUUGAUCCGUCUGCACCGGCCCUCCUUCCCGCAAGAAGUGUUCUGGCCUGGCCACACUUGCUGAGACGGACCCUGGCUGCUGUACGCAUGUCAGUGUGUUGGAGUUCCUUGGCGUCUCGCAAACCGAUGCCACGCGCAAGAUGCAGCGGAACCAGCUACUUGCGGAGCAGUUGA